CGUGAGGCUGCGCGCUCCCGAGCCGUCUGCGGCCAUGCUGCCCGGUGAGCGCGCGGAGGAGCCGUGCACCUGCAGCGCGCGCGGAUAGAGGAGCGGAGAGAGAGACGCAGAGAGAGAGAAAUAAAGAGAAAGAAGGAGAAAUAAAGAGAAAGGGAGAGACGGGGCUUCUGCUGCUGCUGUUUUUCCUCUCGCGCGCUUCGGCGGAGCUCGAGGCUGCACGCGGCUCCUCAUCCAUCACACCGCGGCGUGACCGGUCAUCCGUUACAGCGCCGGAGAACGGGAAUCAUCCGCCAAUAAUCCGGAUUAUUCAGCCCGGAUUUCAUGAUUCGACGAUUCCUAUCAGGUCGUUUUGAGGCGCGAGGCGGCUCUUAAAGGGAAAGUCCGCGCGAGGACAGCGCCUUUUGUGCUCAGCAUGAGUGAUGCUCACCGGACAACCGGCAGCAGAGGACGGGCUCGAGCAGGGUGUGUGCGCGUGCGGGGUGUGUGCGUGAGUGUGUGUGAGUGUCUGCGUGUACGGUGCGCGUGAGGCUGAGGAAGGUGUGUCUGCGGGAGGCGCGCGCGCGUGUGUGAGACCACGGGACUGAUGAGCAGAGGAGCUCGCGCUGCUGAGUUUUGUGUGGAGCUGUGAGGAGGAGGAGGAGGAGGAGGAGGAGGAGGAGGAGGAGGAGGAGGAAGGAGGAGGAGCGCGUGCGGCAUCAUGGCCCUGAGCCGCAGCGUGGAGCUCGAGCACUUUGAUGAGCGCGACAAAGCGCGGCGCUCUGUGCGCUCCUCGGCCUCCGCCGCCGCGGGCACGAGCACGGGCACCGGCUCCCCGAGCGGCUCUCGCGCCAGCAGCCUAGCGCCCAGCCCCGCGCACAGCGCCAACUGCAGCUUCUACCGCACGCGCACGCUCCGCGCGCUCACCUCGGAGAAGCGCGCGCGCAAGGUGCGCUUCUACCGCAAUGGGGACCGAUACUUCACGGGGCUCCUGUACGCCGUGUCCGCGGACCGCUUCCGGUCGCUGGACACGCUGCUGGCCGAGCUGACGCGCUCGCUCGCGGACAGCCUGCACCUGCCGCAGGGCGUGCGCGCGAUCUACACCGUGGACGGAGCCAAGAAGAUCAGCAGCCUGGACGAGCUGGUGGAGGGUGAAAGCUACGUUUGUGCGUCUAAUGAAUCCUAUAAGAAGGUGGACUACACCAAGAACGUGAACCCGAACUGGGGCUCUCGGCAGGCCGGGGCCGGCGGGGGGCGGCAGGGUUCUGGUGGAGGGCCGAGUCGGGAGAGUAAAGACUUCAUUAAGCCGAAGCUGGUGACUGUGAUCCGCAGUGGAGUGAAACCUCGCAAAGCCGUCAGAAUCCUGCUGAACAAGAAAACCGCUCACUCCUUCGAUCAGGUUCUGGCCGACAUCACCGAGGCCAUCAAACUGGACUCUGGAGCCGUGAAGAAGCUCUACACCCUGGAUGGGAAACAGCUCACCAGUCUUCAGGAUUUUUUCGGGGAUGAUGACGUGUUCAUCGCCUGCGGCCUCGAGAAGUUCCGUUACGCGCAGGACGAUGCUGCGAUCGGACACGCAGGAAAACCCUCAGCAGCGGCCUUCGUUAAUGAGUGUAAGAUGAAAUCGUCGAAGUCGGCGACUCCUGUAAAGCCGCCCUCAGGUCUGACUAAAAGCUCUCUAGUGACCAGAUCAAAAUCACCGGUUUCAGGCAGUGAUGUAUCAGGAGCUCCCACCCCAGUGAUGAAACCACCGAAGACCCCGAGCAGCUCGGGCAGCCUGAAGAUUUCCUCUCGCCACGUCUCUCCCUCCCCUCCCCCCUCCGGAGAACUGAACGGUGCAGAAGACUUUAGCUUAGAAGUAAACGGAAAUAAGGUGCAGUCGUCCAUCAUCACUGAUAAGUACAAGGUGGGGAAGGUGAUUGGAGAUGGGAAUUUCGCUGUGGUUAAAGAGUGUGUAGAGAGGGCCACUGGGCAGGAAUAUGCUCUGAAGAUAAUAGACAAGGCAAAAUGCAGCGGCAAGGAGCACCUGAUAGCCAAUGAAGUGGCCAUACUGCGGCGGGUCCGGCACCCCAGCAUCAUUAUGCUAAUUGAGGAAGUGGACACCCCGACUGAGCUGUACCUGGUGAUGGAGCUCGUUAAGGGAGGAGAUCUGUUUGAUGCCAUCACCUCGUCCACAAAGUACACAGAAAGAGACGCGAGUGCGAUGGUUUAUAAUCUGACCGGAGCUCUCAGAUACCUGCACCGCAUGAGCAUCGUACACCGAGACAUUAAACCAGAGAACCUACUGGUGUGUGAAUAUCCCGACGGCACCAAGUCUCUGAAGCUCGGGGACUUUGGUUUGGCCACUGUAGUGGAAGGACCACUUUAUACUGUGUGUGGAACACCCACCUACGUUGCUCCAGAGAUUAUUGCAGAGACAGGGUAUGGUUUAAAGGUGGAUAUCUGGGCAGCCGGGGUGAUCACAUACAUCCUGCUGUGUGGGUUUCCUCCGUUCCGCAGUGAGAGGAAUCAGCAGGAGGAGCUGUUUGAGCAGAUCUUACUGGGCAGACUGGAGUUUCCUGCACCUUACUGGGACAACGUUACUCCCAGUGCCAAGGAUCUGAUUGGUAAAAUGCUGCAGGUGAAUGUCAGUGCUCGAUACACUGCAGAGGAAGUCCUGUCUCAUCCCUGGGUUUUGGACGAUUCUACGCUGGAGAACAACGUUUCAAGUGAAACAUCAGACACAGAACACACACGCGACAGCACAGCUACAGAAGCACAGAUGGAUCAGCUGCAAGGCAAUGGCAGGUGUGUAAAUGAUUACCAGUGUGUUCUAGACACAUUAGACACUGGGUCUUGCCACAAGAGGGCGUAGAAAAGUGCUUCCUGACACUCAGAGAGCAAAGUCCGACAUAAACAGACAGACGGACAGACGUUUGUGGAGGAUCAGCAGAAGAGAAGCUCUGCUCGCUCAGCCCAAGCUUAAAGGAAUAUUUCAACCAGAAGCGCCGGCGCGGCUAACCGCUAAAGGCUAAAGGCUAACCAAGGCUAAUGUUGGACUUGAAUAAUGCUAAUGGGUCUUUAGUAGCUUCCAUCCAAAAUCCAGUUCAGCACUUUUGGGUGAAAUAUACCUUUAAACUCGACACUCUGCAAAACCUACUGAGCUGCGAACACCAGACCAGCAGACCCCGCCCACUCGACCCACCCCUCCAGAAGCUCCUCCCCUUUUCUCCUCACCUACAGUCUGUUUAUUCAUGUGUUUCAUCCUCAUCCUCUCGUUUAUCUCCGGAGUUUAAUCCUCUCGUAUCUCUCUUCUCCUCGGUCGGGGUUGGGGUGUAUCAGGUGUCUCAGAGGAAGAGGGCUGAUCUUCACUUUAGUGCUCCUCUGUUCACCAUCGCUGAGCUGCUUUAUUCUCACGCUGUAGUGAAACAGCUCACACUUCUCCUCUCAGCAGCUCUACUGCUUUAGCUCUCGGGGAAGAAAAGGAAUAACUGAAGGAAAACUGCAGGAUUUUUCAGAAUGACCUUGAUUUUAGUGUAAAACUUUAACUAUAGUGGAGUUUCAGCCCAAACUUUUUUGGAAAAUUUUAAAAAUGUGCUUGUAAAAAAACUGCAUGUAAAAAAACAACCCUUGUGAAAAGGAAGUAUACUUAAGAGCAAUGAAAGUAUGUUCAAAUUAGUUAAAGAAUAGUAAAAGUGCAUUUUCAAUUUAUUAAACAUAAUAUGAAAAUACACAUUAAAUAUACUUUCUCUGUAUUUCCAUAAAAUGUAUCUUUGAGCAAUAUACUUUAAAUCAAACGUUGUGUUGAUAGAAAACAAAUAUAUAUAUAUAUACAUAGUGCCAUUAAAUGCUGUGGAAUAGUGCAAAUGGAAAAGUUUUAUUCCAGUAGCAUUAAGAUGUACAAAAUAUUUGCAUCCAUACGCAAAGUAGUACAUUUACAGCAUACUUCAAAUGUAAUAAAAUGAUGUUUAAAAAACACUUAAAUCUUAAAACUUAAAUCUACUUAAGUUUACAGGAGUUACACAAAAAAGCUCUUAAAAGCACAACUUAAUGCUUUUGUUGUAUUUAAAUUUAGCUUAAUUACAGUUGAAAUAUAUUUAAGUUGCCAUGUUAAGUAUACUUUUAAAAAACACUUAAUACACUUUUAAAAAUUAAUACAAGGGAAUAGUCACAUAGUGUUCAGUAGUGUGUUUGGCUUUUGGGCGUCUCACAACUGUUUUUAAGGUUUAGUGAUUUUUUCCUUAGACAAAUACAGCUCUGUAAAAAACUAAGAGAGCACUUCAGUUUCUGAAUCAGUUUCUCUGAUUUUGCUAUUUAUAGGUUUAUGUUUGAGUAAAAUGAACAUUGUUGUUUUAUUCUAUAAACUACAGACAACAUUUCUCCCAAAUUCCAAAUAAAAAUAUUCUCAUUUAGAGCAUUUAUUUACAGAAAAUGAGAAAUGACUGAAAUAACAAAAAAACUUAAAUAAUGCAAAGAAAACAAGUUCAUAUUCAUAAAGUUUUAAGAGUUCAGAAAUAAUCAAUAUUUGGUGGAAUAAUCCUGUUUUUUAAUCACAGUUUUUUUCAUGAAUCUUGGCAUCAUGUUCUCCUCCACCAGUCUUACACACUGCUUUUGGAUAACUUUAUGCUGCUUUACUCCUGGUGCAAAAAUUCAAGCAGUUGUGAUCAUCCGUCUUCCUCUUAAUUAUAUUCCAGAGGUUUUUAAGUUAUCUCUUUAUUUUGUUCAGAGCUGUAUAAAUAAGCAUUUUAAACUUGUUGUAUGGACCUGAGGAUUCCCCCUAGUGUCCGAGGUUUAGAGCCAACCCUUGCACAACUAAUACAAUUUGUAAUUAGGUUGAAAAAUCCUGAAGUUUUCCUUUAAUCAAAGCUUAAACCUGCACAGAUCGCGCUGACGACUCCAGUCUGACGAAGUCCAGCUCCUGCACUCUGUGAAAUCUGAUAUAUCCCACAAUCCUCUGGUCUGUGUUUUGCUCACAGAGUCUCUAAAACAAACCAGCGACCUCAUUUCCUACUGCGCUGUGCUCUUCUUUACCUCCGUCUCUGUGUGUAUAUACUGUAUACGCUGUACUGUACGUGUCUAGAUGUGAAAACCAUGGAUCUCUCAAAUCACCAAUAGAUACUUUCAUACAGUGAUUCAUUAGACAUACAGGGGUUGGACAAUGAAACUGAAACACCUGUCAUCAUUUUAGUGUGGGAUUUUAGGUUUCAUGUCUAAAUUGGAGCAGCCUGGUGUUCAAUCUUCAUUAAUUACACAUUGCACCAGUAAGAGCAGAGUGUGAAGGUUCAAUUAGCAGGGUAAGAGCACAGUUCUGCUCUAAAUAUUACAAUGCACACAACAUUAUGGGAGACAUACCAGAGUUCUAAAGAGGACAAAUUGUUGGUGCACGUCUUGCUGGAGCAUCUGUGACCAAGACAGCAAGUCUUUGUGAUGCAUCAAGAGCCACGGUAUCCAGGGUAAUGUCAGCAUACCACCAAGAAGAACCAACCACAUCCAACAGGAUUAACUGUGGACGCUGUAAGAGGAAGCUGUCUGAAAGGGAUGUUCGGGUGCUAACCCGGAUUGUAUCCAAAAAAAACAUAAAACCACGGCUGAUCAAAUCACGCAGAAUUCAAUGUGCACCUCAACUCUCCUGUUUCCACCAGAACUGUCCGUCACCACAAUCAAUUAUUGUGCUCUAAAACCAGGUGUUUUAGUUUCAUUGUUCAACACCUGCAGUUCUGUCUGCCAUUCCUUUAACUUUACAUCUAUUCCACAUAUCAGUUCCUAUAUGUGUAAAUGCAUCAGAUCCUGGUGUGAGUGCAUGUGUGUGUGUGUGUGUAAUAAAGAAAAAAGGAUAAAAAGAUGGUA